AUGGUAGUAAAAGUGGCUGAUUUUGGUUUGUCCCGAGACGUCUAUGAAAAAGAUUAUUACACCAUUAAGAACAAGACGAACGCAUUACCUGUGAAAUGGAUGGCGCCGGAAAGUCUGAGCAAAGAGACAUUCAACACCAAGACUGAUGUUUGGUCUUUUGGUGUUGUACUAUGGGAACUUAUGACGCGUGGUGCAAAUCCAUAUCCAGGUGUCGACAAUCUAGAUGUGUCACGAUUUCUGUUAAGAGGUAAUAGACUGUCGCAACCAGAAUUUACCCCAUACGAAGUGUACACGGUUAUGACAUCAUGUUGGGAUAUAGACCCAGAGCAGAGACCUGGGUUUAAAGAUCUUGUCUCGGAAAUGGACAAGCUACUAUCUAAAAUAUCAUCUGGCAAAGAAAACUCUUAUAUGAGAUUAAUACGUUCAUCAGAGCAGGAGUUGGAGGAGGAGGAGGAGGAAGAAGAGGAGGAGGAGGAGAAGGAGGAGGAAGAAGAAGACGAAGAGGGGAGGAGGAUGGAGAAGUAG